AUGAAAAGCGAUUUCAUGAUGGCAUUAAAUCAGCUAUCCGCUGAACGUGGUCUGGCCAAAGACCAGGUGCUAAGCGCCAUCGAAGUUGCCUUGGCCUCGGCAUUCCGCCGUGAUGACCCGGCGGGCGGGCAAAACCUGUCCGUAAAACUUAACCCCAACACGGGUGACAUCAGCAUCUUCGCACUGCGCACCGUGGUCGAUGAGGUGGAAUCCCCGGAAACUGAAAUCAGCCUCGCCGAAGCGCGGGCAACUCGCCCCAACAUUCAGGUGGGCGAGGAAAUCGCAGAGUCCGAAGAAGUCCCUCACGACGCCAGCCGGAUCGCAGCCCAAACCGCCCGACAGGUCAUCAUGCAGCGCCUGCGCGAAGCGGAGCGGGAGAAGAUUUUCGAGGAAUACUCCGCCUAUCAGGGCGAGCUGAUUAGCGGCAACAUAGAGAGCGUCGAAAAAGGCCCCACGGCCCAGAACCAGAAUCGCGCGCGCGGAAUCAUGCGUCCCGACCACCAGGUCGGCAACGAGCGGUACCGCAAGGGACAAAACCUCAAAGUGCUGCUGGUUGAAGUGCAGCAAACCCCCCGCGGCCCCGAAGUCGUGGUCAGCCGCUCCCAUCGGGAUCUCCUCCGUCGGCUCAUGGAGUCGGAAGUGCCCGGAAUCGGCAACGGUACCGUGGAAAUCCGGGCCAUCGCCCGCGACCCCGGCGUCCGGAGCAAAGUCGCCGUCGCUUCACACCAGGAAGGGGUAGACCCGGUUGGCUCCUGCAUCGGCUUGCGCGGCAACCGCAUCCAGAGCAUCGUCAAUGAACUCCAGGGCGAAAAAAUCGACGUCAUUGAGUGGGACUCCCAACCCCCGUGUCCUGAUCACCCGGGCGUUGAGUCCGGCAGACGUGGGCGCCGUGGAACUCGACCAGCACGAAAACACCGCCUACGUAGUGGUGCCGGAAAAUCAAAUGUCUCUCGCCAUCGGCCGGGACGGUCAAAACGCCCGUCUCGCCGCCCGUUUGUCCGGCUGGCGCCUGGAUAUCAAGAACGUCGAGCAGUGGAACACUCUCCGAACGGCGCGCGCUGCCGAGGCCGCCCGUGCCGAGGCUGCCCGCCUCGCUGA